UGCUAUUACAGAUGUUGUAAUUCCUCAUCGAAUCCCCACCUGACCUCACCAAAUUACAUUUUCAGUUUCAGACUUUCAUUCUACCCAAUACCCAAUUGAGUGGGAAAUCUUGAUGGCAGUUGAGUGGGUUCUGGUGUGUCAUGGAUUGGUGACGAUCUUGGUACUCGUAUCUUUCCUCUGUGGGCAGUGGCCAAUUUUUCAGGGCACCUUCAUUCAGCGCAUCCACUUCUUCCUCACUUUCGGCGCCUACGACUAUUUCCGACGAUUUGUUCUCUUCUCGUGCGGCUCUAGGGGCGUCGAUGCGCUUCACUCUCUUGAGUACUACUGUUGUGACCGUCCCAACCCUAUCAUACAGUUAAUAUAUUUGUUAAUUAUUGGAACAACGUAUUACAUCAUUGCAAAGUCAUCCUUCAUCUACAUUCCAGGGUAUUAUAUAAGUGGAAUUCACAGGUACACAAGCUUCUUGGCAGUUGGAGUGGGUAUUAUCCUCUUUCUAUUGACUAGCUUUUCUGAUCCAGGGGUUGUGAACUCUUCAAAUGUUUCUCAGUACCUCUCUGCUUAUCCAUAUGAUAACGUCAUCUUCACAGAGAAAGAAUGUGAUACCUGCAAAAUUCCUAAACCUGCUAGGUCAAAGCACUGCAGUAUAUGCGAUCGCUGUGUUGCUCGUUUUGACCAUCACUGUGCAUGGAUGAACAAUUGCAUAGGAGAGAGGAACACCAGAUACUUCAUGGCAUUUAUUCUUUGGCAUUUUCUCCUCUGCAUAUAUGGAAUCGCUGCGCUUGCAUUAAUUCUCGCUGGUAGACUGAAAGAUAUGCAAGUUGUCCACAUUCUAACAGUUUAUUAUGACAUUGAAAAUUCCUACAGAGAGUUGGCUCCACUUGUUUUACAGUGGUUGUUGAACUCCCAUAACACACAAAUCCUUGUUAUGGUGUUUCUGGCUGUGAUUACUAUGCUAUUAGCUGGUUUUUUCACAUACCAUGCCAAACUCUGUCUCACAAACACUACUACAAAUGAGAGCUUUAAAUGGCAAGAGUACCUGAGCUGGCAGAGGAAGGUGAAUGAGGCAAAAGUGAGUGCAGCAGCUCUUAAAGCUAGUUUAGGCGAACUAAGUCCAGAAAAGAAGCCACCAGAGAGCAAAUGGAAAACAUUCUUUAGAAGAUCUCAUCUUGAGGAGGUAGAAGUGGUUAAGAACAACAUAUAUGACAAGGGAUAUCUUCAUAAUAUCUAUGAGAUUGUCGCUCCCUUCUCGACAAGGCGAUCGUUCUUACUAAAUAAAUCGAAAACAGGUUAACUGUCUCCACGCUUAUGUGUAUCUUGAUCUUUGCUAGUCACGUCCACAAGAAAAUGCUCCGAACUCAAUUGUUACUUAUACCUUGGUCAUUUUAGCUGUCAUUGCAUUCUUGUUUUCAUUUUCCUGUGCUGGAAGAUUACUAGAGUGUGUCAUAGAGUAAGUAGGAAACAACAAUGAUAGUAUAUUUUUGGAGAAUUAAAUAUUGUAAAUUUGGCCCUUUUAAGUUAGAGAACUUAAUCAUCAGAGGGUGUAAAUUUGUAUUUUAUGCACUUCAAAAUGUAACAAGCAGUUAUAAUGGAUUGUAUUUCAUGGGCUGUUGCAGCUACCAAAUUUUCAU